GCUGUUCUUGCCAACGCUGGACUCCAGUUUCUUUCUUUCAGUUUCUGCAUCCUUCGGGUUCAUCCUGGAGGCUGGAGUCUACUUAUUCGUUCUUUUAUUAUUGGUAUCCGUCGAUUAGAAAUACUCGUGCUUUUUUGAAGGCAUAAGUGUGAUGGAUUUCCAGCAGAUGUAGAAAUAUCUACGCGGCACUGAAAUCUCAGCCAAAAUACCAACUCAUCCUUCAUUUCAGUGCCAUCGGCUCUUUGAAUACUGGAAGAAGCCAAGUCAAAAUGCGUGAAAUAGACGCCCUCGUUUCAGAAUAUCAACAUGAAAAAACCCGGCCUAGAGAAUCGGAGGCUUUAUUGAUCCUUCGGAAAAUCGCUUCUCUGGUCAAACCGAUCAUGCGGCAGCGGGGCUGGAGAGUAGGAACCCUCAGUGAAUUCUAUCCUCGUGAGCGGAAUCUUCUAGGUCUCAAUAUCAAUGGAGGUCAGAAGAUAUGUCUGAGAUUACGAUACCCCUCCGAUCAACGCCAGUUCCUUCCUAUCGAACAGGUGGUUGAUACGAUGCUGCACGAGCUUUGUCACAUUGUACAUGGCCCACACAACCAGCACUUUCAUGCGCUAUGGAACCAAUUACGUGAUGAGCAUGAAGAGCUGGUUAUGAAAGGCUAUACUGGAGAAGGCUUCUUGUCUAAUGGUAGACGACUGGGUGGUCGUAAAAUGCCUAUAGAUGAAGCUCGUCGACAAGCCCGAGCUGCUGCAGAGCAGAGGCGACUCCUCUCAGGUGGAUCAGGACGAAGACUGGGAGGUGCUCCCGUGAUGCGAGGAACAGAUAUGCGCAGGGUCAUUGCAGAUGCUACACAGAGACGCCUCGAAGUGACUAGAGGUUGUGCUUCUGGUACCCAAAACAGCAACGAACUGGCCGAGGAAGCUUCCAGGAACGGUUUCAGGACCAAAGCGGAAGAAGACGAUGCGAAUGAACAAGCCAUUAUGCAGGCAUAUAUCGAGUUGAUUCAGCAGGAAGAACGGGAGAUAUAUGGCCCUUCGUAUAUUCCUCCGAGCCAGGAAAACCCUGCUGGACCUCGAACUAACUUAUCACCUCUACCUACUGCCGAGGGUACUCGGCCGACGUCUUCAACACAGCUAUCUGAACCAAUUGACCUUACAUCCGACAACACCUCCUAUGACAAACCGUGGACAUGUCCUACAUGCACACUCGAAAAUCCAGCAAACUUUCUGUGCUGUGAUGCUUGUACAGCAGAACGGCCUCGCCCAUCAAAUUCCCGCUCUGUUUCUGGACCAGUUCCGACAACCCCCAGACAGCAAGAACCCCCAAACAAGCGGAAGCGUCAACAAAGCCAAUCUGCUAGCUCGACCACUUUCAAAAACAGAACUAGGGCAGUAGAGACCCUUGCUGCGCUUGAGAGGAAUACUCCUAAACGCCCACUGGGGUGGGUUUGCCAGACCUGUGGAACCUUUAUGGAAACCGAAUGGUGGACAUGCGCGAGCUGUGGAAUGAUGAAGCAGACAUCAUGAUAUUUACCGGAUUAUUCUAGAAUUUCCCCUUUUAUACCCCAUUUGGAUUCUUGAUGCGAUGUGCUUUCAUGACCUUUUUGCUUCUUGUUGAUACAGAGUACAUACUCGGGAAAUCCUACAAUCCAGCACCAACCACCUUAUUUUGAUUAAUGAAUUAAUGAGACAUGAAAUGAUGUAGUUAUACACCAUGAAGCUAGAUCACAAUGAAAUGUACAUUAGUCUUAUUGACAGCUUAAAUGUCAAGCACGCUGAACGCCGAACACAUAUGGUAUUGGAUAGUCUCGUUCAUGAUGGUGGAAGACAUCAAAUGCCAAAACCCAACGCCUCUAAGCCAUAAAAAUUCAACAUCAUCCAAAC